ACCUUUGAAUAGUUUUCCAUAUUUUUAAACUAAGUGUUUGAUGCUCUAAUUAUUAUUAAGUUAUUUCGCAGCUGAUGUAAGCUGCUCUUCUGCGCUUUAACAAACUAAUAAAUAUAACAUGGAAAUAUCCCUAAUCUCAGGGUUGCACUUCAGCCCAUCAGCUGUUUUGGAAAGAUUAAACACAUUAAAAAAGGAAUAAAUAAACAUAAAUGUCUUCGUAAUGGUAGAUUCAAGCGUAAGAAAUGUUAAUUACCUCCAACUGCGCAAUGUACUUUCUAGAUUAAAUAAUCUUGAUAAUUACUACAACAAAAACGAAUUAAAGGAGAAAUUGGAGACUUUGGAGGAUUCACUAAAACUAUGCGGGCACUUAACAAUUGCUCUCAAAAAAGACUUGAGUCUGGAAGAGUUAUCUUCUUUAUAUACUGUUACAGUUAUGCUCCUUUUACUUGGAGAUCUUGAAUUACUAAGUGUACGUCUUGAACUUCUCAAUGAAUGUUUCAAUUAUGCAGAUAUGUUAAAGCCAACUAUGAUUGACUUUGUGACAAGGGAAUUAUUAGAUAAUUUCAAAUUCGCUGCCCGCCUUGAGGAGAACAAUAAAGAUUAUGAUUACAUGCUUUAUUUGUUAACUGCUCUACCACAUAUGAUCACAGCAAGUGAAACUGGAAAAAUGAUAUCUCUGGGACUAUUGCGAGCAUUUAUCUCUGAGUUGAGCAAUCCCGAAUCGGACAUAAUUAUGCAUAUAUAUAGAAAUAUUUCAGAAAUAUGGCAAAUGAUAAAGCCACUUAAAGUUGAUGUUAUUGUGUUUGAAUGGUCCUUGUGCAAAAUAUAUACUCUUGUCAAGAGUUUUGGAUUAAUUUUGGCUACAGCUGCUCUAAAUACGAAUAAUGCAGCUUUAAAACAAGCCGGCUAUCGGGGUUUUGAAUUGCCUCAAGUAGAGACUCAAAUCGAAAUAUCUGAAUGGUUCAAAACGCUGCGAAACAAAAUGAACGACAAGAACAAAACGGAAAAAACUAAGUCGAUCUUCAUGUUGGUGCGCUUCAUUGACUUUAAUAUCUUGAGUUCUUUAGCAGAAGCCGCGAAUGAAGUAGCUUCCGAAACUGGUAACGAUCCACCAGCGUCGUAAUUACAUUACUUAAAUGUGACAGUUUUGAUCUUAU